GAAGUUUGAUGAUUUUGAGAGGAAGUAAGUGUGACCCAUAUGAAGAAUCUGCACUGGUUUAAACAAAUUUCCAACAACGGCAAGUCAGGGAGAAGGGUUUCGCUUGGGGAGUACAAGCGAGCAGUGUCAUGGUCCAAGUAUCUUGUUUCAUCUGGGGCUGCUAUAAAGGGAGAAGGAGAAGAUGAAUGGAGUGCAGAUAUGUCUCAGUUGUUCAUUGGAUCCAAGUUUGCUUCUGGAAGACACAGCAGAAUCUACAGAGGUGUCUACAAGCAAAAGGAUGUGGCAAUUAAGCUUGUAAGUCAACCGGAGGAGGAUGAGGACUUGGCUGCUUUUCUUGAGAAGCAAUUUACUUCCGAGGUUGCUUUGCUCCUUCGUUUGCGCCAUCCGAAUAUCAUUACUUUUAUUGCUGCUUGCAAGAAACCUCCCGUCUUUUGUAUAAUUACUGAGUAUUUGGCUGGAGGCUCAUUGAGAAAAUACCUGCAUCAUCAAGAACCACAUUCGGUUCCACUCGAACUUGUUCUGAAAUUAGCCCUGGACAUUGCACGGGGGAUGCAAUAUCUUCAUUCUCAGGGGAUACUUCAUAGGGAUCUCAAAUCAGAGAAUCUCCUGUUGGGGGAAGAUAUGUGUGUAAAAGUAGCAGAUUUUGGUAUCUCAUGCUUAGAAUCUCAGUGUGGUAGUGCAAAAGGAUUUACCGGAACUUAUCGUUGGAUGGCACCUGAAAUGAUCAAAGAAAAGCAUCAUACCAAGAAAGUAGAUGUCUAUAGUUUUGGCAUAGUUUUAUGGGAGCUUCUAACAGGACUGACACCAUUUGACAAUAUGACACCAGAGCAGGCAGCAUUUGCUGUUACCCACAAGAAUGCAAGACCACCAUUGCCAUCUGAAUGUCCUUGGGCAUUUAGUAAUCUCAUCAACAGAUGCUGGUCAAGCAAUCCUGAUAAAAGGCCACAUUUUGAUGAAAUUGUCUCCACUUUGGAGAACUAUACUGAAUCACUUGAGCAGGAUCCAGACUUUUUCUCAACAUACAAACCUCCUCCUACUAAUACAAUUAUGGGAUGCUUUCCAAAAUGCAACGCUCGCCAUAAAUCUGCUACUUGCAAAGCUUAG